ACACUCAGACUCAAAUGUUUGAUAGAAGGGGUUUCUACCUCGAUUCUGGUGAAAUUAUUCAACUUCAAUUAGAAUUGUGUAUAAAAGAUGGAGAACGAAUCCAACGUUUAUUUCAAGUAUUUACUGGACAUGCUACAGGCUCAUCAACAUUUAAAUAUUUAUUAAUAACUGAUCAAUAUAUUUAUUUAUUGGCUCCAAAAGAUGAAGAAAAUGUUAAAGAAAAGUUUGGGAAUAAAGGUUUUGAAAAUAUUAAAAAUGUUGUGACUGGAACAACAAAUGCAGAAUUGGGUAUAUCUCCAGCAAGUGUAGUUAUUGAAGAAUUGGCAGUUGAAGCUUUUGAAAGAAAUAAUAAUAGAUUGGUUAAUGGAGAACCUCCUGUUAAAUUUGAAAUUUUGAUAGCCUUACCUCUACCAGAUUUAGAACAUUUAACAGCAAGUAUCGACGCCCAAGUUUUAUGUUUUCAUUCAAAAAAUGUCAACUUUGUAAUUUCUCCUCAAGCUUCUACUGGACAUCAAUUGAAAACUUUUCUGGUUGAAACUUGUUCAAAAAUUCUUGGAAAAACAAUCGUUUUUGCUAUAAAAAGAACAAUAACAAAUAAAAUUGCUUUGGAAGGAAUUUAUUUAAAUUCAAAAAGUUCGUCUUCAAAUUCUGAAGAAAAGAAGGAAAAAGAAAAUGAGAAGAUUAAACCUUUAACUGUUACAGCUUCACAUUCUUCACAUUUGGCUUUUGUUAUAAAAAGAUUUUUGUCUAAUGAAUUUGGACCGAGAGAACACGAUAUUUUCUUCAUGUCACUAAUUUAUUGGCAACAAAAUUUGCAUCAAUACCAAAAAUCUUUAGAUUCAACAUCAUCCCUUGACGGUUAUAUGUAUAUUCGAGAAAUUCAUCAAAAAAGUUGGAAUAGAAAAACCAUUACAGAAUGGAAACAAUCUUAUUUGGUUUUGAGAGGUGCAAUGUUUUAUCAAUUUGCGGAUUCUUCUUUUCAAUAUGCACAGCAUUCGUUAAAUUUAAGAGACAUAAUGGAAGAGGUCUGCCGUAUAGAUUUAACAAAUGAUGAAAAAUAUGUCUUUCAAAUAACAUUUUCAACCGAUACCUCUGCUGCUGGUAAUGGUAAUAGUUUAUGUGCCUUACAAAUUAGUUGUCCAAACGAGGAAAUUUUGCAGCGUUGGAUUAGUGCAAUUUCUAUGGCUUUGUAUGUUUCGGCUGAUAACCCUCCCCCAGUUGCUUGUAUGGCCAUUUUAACAUCUACCCAUUUAGUUUUUGCACAGGAGGGAGUUAAUUGUGCAGUUGAUGGAUUUAUGAGAUGCCUUUGUUCUAUAAGUCGUGAAGAAUUUAAUGAUAUAAAAAUAUAUGCAGUCCAUACAGAAUUUAAUACAGGAUUAACAAUUCGUCGAGAUGAUGGUUCCUCAGAAGAUUGGCUUUUAUUUCGCGAACGUUCAGAACUUGACCGUAUAGUUGAUUGUUUGCGUUUAAAAUGGGAUUUAAAAGUUAAUUUUUGUUGCGAUUUUGUGGUGGAAAAAUGUAAAGAAUUAUAUUCUUGUGGAGAAGAUUUGGAUUUAGAUGAUAAUUUGAGGAAAGAUUUUUUUAAAAAAUUGGUUUUGGAAUGCUCUCAAAUGACUAAUUUGUGGCGUGUAAUGCCUAUAGAAUCUGUUGAUGAGUCUAGGCAUUUUUAA